AUGGCAGCAGUCUCGAGCCCCGUCGUUUCGACGGCGUACAAGCCUCACCCGACAGAGACGAUGAAGGCAGCCCUGUGGAUGGGCACGCGCAACAUCGAAAUCGGCGAGGUGGCCAAACCGACCAUCACGGACCCGGCCGAUGCCAUCGUCCACAUCACCCACACGAGCAUCUGCGGCUCCGACCUGCAUAUCUACGAGGGCGAGCUCAACGAUUCGAUGCGCAAGGGCAUGAUCAUGGGCCACGAGGCCAUCGGCAUCGUCGAGGAUGUCGGCGACCAGGUGCGUCGGUUGCAGCCCGGUGAUCGGGUCAUCAUCCUGCCCAUCAUCGCCUGCGGCCAGUGCGAGUACUGCGUCCGGCAGGAAUACUCGCUCUGCGACUCGACCAACCCGUCGCGCGACAUGGAAGCCACCUACGGGCAUCGUCUGUCGGGCAUCUUUGGCUAUUCCGACUUGAUGGGCGGUUAUGCCGGCGACCAGGCGGAGUAUUGUCGCGUGCCGAAUGCGGACCUGACGUGCGUCAAGGCGCCCAAGGACGUCGACCCCAAGAAGCUCCUGGGCCUGGCGGACGUGACGACGACGGCGUGGCACGGCUGCGAGCUGGCGGAGGUGGGCAAGGGCGAUGUCGUCGGCGUCUGGGGGUGCGGACCCGUGGGCCUGUCUAUCCAGCGGCUGGCGAAGCUGCGCGGCGCCAGCAAGGUGUACGCCGUCGACAAGGACCCGCAGCGACUGAAGAUCGCCGAGGACUUUGGCAUGAUCCCGAUCGACGUGUCGCUGCACCCGGACGUGGCAGACUACAUCCUGUCGAUCCAGCCGCACGGGCUGGACUGCGGCAUCGAGGCCAGCGGCUUCCGGAGCACGAACAGCCCCAAGCACGCGGCGAUGCGGGCGAUCGGCGUGGAGCGCGACAGCGGCGACACGGUGCAUGCGAUCCUCAAGUCGACCAAGAAGGGCGGCCGGAUGGCGCUGAUAGGGGAUUUCCUGUACAACACAAACGACUUUCCCAUUGGCAUGUUGAUGGAGAAGUCGAUCACGGUGCGAGGGGGGCAAUUAGCAGCACAGAAGUACCAUCCUUUCCUGCUGAAUAUGGUCCUCGAGGGGAAAUAUGACCCGUCGUGGGUGUUCACGUAUGAAGAUGAAUUCGAGAACAUCUCCGACGACUACAGGCGUUUUGCCCGGCACGGCAUCCCUGGCGGACUGAAGGGGGACAAGAAUUUGGAUGAUCGAAUAAUAUCCUACCGUUGA